UUCGAGUCAAUACUCUACAUAUAUCAAAGCAGAGGUGUGAUAAAACGGCCGGAAUCGGUACCCAUCGAUAUGUUUCUCAAGGAGCUCAAAUUUUUUGAAAUGGGCGAUGAGAUGCUGGAAAGGUUUUGGAUUAGUGAAGGUUAUGAAAAACCAAAGGAAAUCGAGAUGCCUCAGAACGCUCUGCAACGGCAAGUCUGGGAGUUGAUGGAGUAUCCGGAUUCGUCGCUUUUUGCUCGUAUUGUGGCAUUGCUUUCCAUUUUUGUGAUCACCAUGUAA